CAUUGAUGUACCGGUACAGCCAAAAGAAAUAGCUGAAGCAUCUACUGCGAAAGUUAUGAUCGAUAGUUGUCGCUCAGGACUUUCCAAUCUCGUAAAAAGUUUYCCGUGAGAGAUUUGAAGCGGAGGUUUUAUGGAGGAUGGUGGAACCGCGAUGGCGUCCUGUGCAAAUGAUCACAAUCCUCCUAGGAAAAUCACAAACGCAGCAUUAUCUAAGACGUUGGCAGAAUUUCAACCACGACCAAGUCAAGUCGCAUCCUGCGCCCUAAAUCUUUACCGAGGAAAAUUACCGAAAAAGGGAAAACCAAAACCAGGGGAAGAAUGGACUGUAUAUGCUGCCAUUGUAGCAUUUCAUCGGGUAGAUAACCGAAUGUGGGUUGUCAGCUGUGCGACAGGGACAAAGUGCACAGCUCAACGACACAACGAAUGUGUUUUACACGAUUCACACGCCGAGGUUUUGACCCGACGCGGAUUGAUACGAGUGAUAUUGUCUGAAAUAAUGGAAAAGAAGAAGGGAAUAGAAAAUAAUGAGAAAAAAAAGAAUACGGAUUCCAGGUCUUUGUUGGUUGUUAGCAAGGGCUAYCAUAGUGAUUCGGAAGAAAGACAAUAUAGAUUCAAUCCCAACAUCGACUUACAUUUUUAUAUCAGUGACUCGCCUUGCGGAGACGCCUCGAUUUAUAGUGUUCCUUGUGAUGAUGCGACGAGAAACAACGAUGGAAUUUUGUAUACCGGUGCAAAAGUGAUCGUUUCAGAAGCUACCAAAGUGGACGCGACAGAUUGCGGCGGUAAUCAUCAAUUGCUUUCUACCAAAGGAACGAAUGCUAGUAACAAGGUGAUGAGUGAAGUAGCAAGAAACGAAAAAGACCUCAAUGAUAUUUCAGAGAAAGCUGGCCCAGUAUUCGCUCGCGAGGCAAUCCAGGUUCUCGGAAAGUUGAGAAUCAAAUCGGGCCGAUCAAAUCUUCCAGCUCACAUGCGAAGUCACUCUCAUUCUUGUAGUGACAAGCUUGCCUCUUGGAGUGUACUCGGUUUACAGGGGGGAUUGCUCACCAAAUUUUUGGAUCCGCCAAUCGUACCUUUGGCGAGCGUAGUUGUCAGCAGAGAUUCCCGGUUGAGUGGAAACGAUGGCGAUUUUGACAACGGACGAGCGGAGCGACAUCAGUCCCAAAGGAUGGCUUUGCAAAGAGCGAUUCCUGGCCGAGUCCGAAGUGUUUGGGAACAUCUGUCCAUACACCAAGAGCAUGAGCUGCCCACUUGGAAACCAUCGAUUCCCAAGGUUCACAUUGUUCCCGAAACAUUUGAAUCUGGAAAAGCACAAAUGAUCGCUCCUCGGAACAGUAGCAACUUCUCCGGAAAAAAACGCAAGCAAUCUAAUGACAAUGGAGAGAAUAUGAUCAGCAACAAAACCAAAGAAAUCGAGCAUGGUACAAUUGGUAAAAAAGCGGCGUCGCCCUGUGGAAUGUCCUUCAAUUGGAAUCAAAACGAAGACAUAGAAGUCACGGUAGGAGUGCGCGGUGUUAAACAUGGCAAGAAGCCCAAAACACCACAAGACAUCGAAAAGCAUGCGUCUCGACUGUCUCGAGCAAGAUUCUUACGAGAGUAUUCUUUCCUAUGGGAGAGCAAAGAUCUUGCGUCUUCUGCGUCGUCAAUACCAAUGUAUUGUAAACGCUAUCACCAAUUCAAAGAAGAAAAUGCUAGCCACGAGUGGACUGACUUGAAAAAUAGAAUACUGACACAGAACGGUAGUCCCUUAGCGGGCUGGAUUCGGUAUGUUCCAGCAAACGACGAUGAUUUGAUAGAUUCAAAAGGGCGUAAAGCUGAUAGAUAAACUCAUUGUGAGUCCAGCAUAGAGUAUGGUUACAGUAGCACGUAUAUUUCAAGACAAGACGCAAUCAUGCACACUGUAUCGAGAUCAUAGACGAAACUGUUGUAGACUUGAGAUCUACGAGCGCUACUUUCUUUGUUUGCCCAUUUUUAAUUUUUCACUAAUCGCAUGGAAGCUUCUUUCGGUUCACUAGCUUUUCACUACAGCGGUAGAUAUUCCCCCCUCUCAUUCUGGUAAAUUUUUCCCUCCAUUUGCAGGUCUUCGGUCAUCUCUUGAAUGUCGCGUUGUGUUUUCUGCAACACCGCAGCCAAAUCUUUUAGCAAAAGGCCAUUCAGCGACUGAACCUGCGGCGGUUGCUCUUUCGUCUUCGCUGAUGACUGUGUCUGCAAACAAUAUGUUCCAGUGUGCAAUUUGGUGGGUUGCAAUUUUGAAUUCAAACUCCGUCGGGCAGGGAUAAUCCUGUUGGUAUUGACAAAGCUCCUUUGUAGUCCUUUCGGGCGGUUUUGUAGACGCAGCGGCAGCCUGUCGCUAUUGAAUCUUAAACAA